GACAUGGAAGACAGAAGGAGUAAACUGGUAAACACAAAGCAAAAGGAGACCGCACGGUAAAAACUCCUUCCAAAUGGUAUGAGUCUCAUAACUCUACGACCCAAACUCACGUCAUUUGCAGCCGGAGAAGAGAAAUAACUUUGCUUUAUACAGCCACAACCAGAACCUCAGCUUUACAUUUUUGUGAUCACAAGUUGUGUUCGAGGGCAUGUCGGUGCUGCCGAUGGCUACUCCAAUGUCUCCGGAUAAUUUCUGAGUCGAUUCCAGCCGUCUGCAUUGAUUUGCAUCGCAUGGAGGAGAAUUUGCAGUCUGCCUUCCUCCAGCAUCGAACAGACUAUCCUCAGCCUUCCAUGUGAAAACAGUCUGUGACUCCAGCUGGUGGAUGAAUGAAGGUAACCUCACCAAACCCUCAUCCAUCCAUCCAGCCUUCCAUCCCUCCCUCCUGACUGCCUGAGGCUGUUGGUGGGACAGCCUGUCCCUGUUUGGGGCCAUCUGAUUGGUUCCCACACACGCUGGGCUGAAGCUCAAAAGAAUCCAGAACACCUUUUGUAUUUGACCACCUUCAACACUAAACUAAUUGGAAUCCAGCACUCAAUGUCAAAAAUGGGAUUGUUGGGAGCUAUAAGCUUUUCUUUAGCAUUGGUAUCUCUAACUCAGAUACCUUAUAGUGCAGCAGGGUGCAUCUUCUUGUCAGCAAAGUCUUCAAAGCCCUCAUCGAUUCUGGUAACAUGGGAGAAAUAUACUGGGGCAACAAACUAUUUUUUGGACCUUCGGGUGAAAAACGAUACACAACUUGCACCGAUUGUGGUGAGCCUGCCAGCGACCUCGACAGAAAGGAAUGUGUGGGGUCUGAGACCAGGAACCGAAUAUAUUGUGACUCUCAAAGUCUUUCAAUUCUUCAAAGUGAACUGUACGGCUCAAGCUGUGGCGACCACAGUGCCCGCUACAUCGCAGAUAGUAGACGGCAGAGUUCUGUCGAGUACUUCAGCCGUGGUAAAGUGGACCGAGGUAACCUCGGCGGAGCACUACUUCCUGCUGAUGUACUCUCAGGCCACCGGGCAGAUGACAAACCUGACCUCCACCAACUCCUCUGCUGUGUUGGUAAAUCUGCAGCCCUCCACUAACUACGACUUCUACAUCGUGACAGCUAACCACGCCGGCUUGGGACCCAAAAGCAAAGUGCGGACCAUCACGACCUUGGCUCAGCCUCCGGUGAACAUCACAGCGACACAGAUUGACCGGGACAUGGCGAGGUUGACGUGGCAGCCGGUGGAGGGCGUCCUGCUAUACAAAGUCUCCAUCCAGGACAUUGAUGAACCCACCAGCCCGCCGUCUGUGUACAACAUCACAGACAUUAAGCUGGAUGUUCAAGGCAUCUUCCCAUGUUCCACCUAUGUGAUAUCAGUGUCCUCAUUCAACAUGUUUCUGGAGCCCAGCGAGCCCACAGACUACACCUACUCCACCAACAAGCUCAGACCAGUUUCAUCAGUUUCGGUGGACUACACCUGCGCCACCCACUCUGCCAUGGUUGCCUGGUCGCCCGUGUUUGGGGCCGACUCCUACAACGCCACGGCGAUGGGCAAAAAUGGCACGCAGCUGACGUGCACCAGCCAGAGCAUCACCUGUCAGAUCACCGGACUGAGCUGCGGCGAGAGCUACGUGGUGCAUGUAACGCCAAUGUCAGAGAACUGCAAGCACAUGAGGAACACCACCUCAGCCACUUUUCAGACCGUUCCCUGUCCUCCCAAGAACCUGGAGUUGUUGCGAGAUUGUUCCAGCGAAGUCAUUGUUUUUUCCUGGGAACGCACAAACAGUACAGACCACUACUUGGCCCAGGCAGUGGACUCUCAGGGAGUGGUCCAGCAUUGUUUGACUGAAGACAGCUCCUGUUAUUUCACACACACGGUGUGUGGACGACACUAUGAGUUCUCAGUCCUUUCCAUCGCAGGGCAAUGCAGAAGCCAGAUUAGCUCUACUGUUGACAUUCGUACAGCACCCUGUAUUCCCCAGAAUCUGCAAACCUUAGCCAACUGCAACUCAGACGUUCUGCUCAGCAAGUGGGAUCUCGCCGAGGGGGCUCUUCGUUACACCGUGGAGGCCUUCGGCAACAGGGAAAACAAACGCUACUACAACUGCAGCUCCCUGUCCAACAGCUGCGCUAUGCCGGGCGUCGAGUGUGGAGAGUACUUCACCAUCUACAUCACAGCUUUUGACGAAGAAUGUGCCAGCCCGAGGGUGCUGGGGCCUGUGGCUGAGACAAUCCCAUGCGUUCCUCAGAACGUGUCAGCAGAGAGGGACUGUGGAUCCGACUCCAUCGGAAUGACCUGGUUAAUGGCCGGCAGUGCAAUAUUCUACAUCGCCAUAGCGAAGGACAGUAAUGGCGUCAUUCACAGCUGCAACGCCAUAGAUCUGACGUGUAAGAUCGAGGGCUUACAGUGCGGCACCAACUACACAGCGUACGUCAUCGCCACCAACUUCAUGUGCAACAGCUCUGAGAGCGAGAUGCUCACCAUAGAGACAGGCGCUUGCCCACCGCAUCACGUUACUGCCUCACUGGACUGUGUAGCCAAUGAGGCUCUGAUUUCGUGGCGUGACCAACCCAAAAUAAACUCCUACACCGCCACCAUCAAGGAUGAAGAUCAGGGACUUCUCAGUUGCAGCUCCACUAAUACCAGCUGCAGGGUACCCAACCUGAAAUGUGGCCAGCUCUACACAGCCACUGUCAAAAGCCACGAUGGCAUGUGCCCCAGCAUGCCCUCUCAGGAAAUCUACAUGGAGUCUGUUCCUUGCGGGCCCAACGUGACAGCGAACUUAGACUGCCGGUCACAAGUACUGACCCUCAGCUGGAACGCGACAAGUAACGCAGAAGGUUACAAAACUGUGGUCUCAAACAGCAACAACGCAACGUCUUACAUCACCACGAAGCCUGGGGUGACGAUCACCACGCUGGAGUGUGGACUUAAUUACACGCUGACAGUGAUGUCCUUCAACAGCACCUGUGUCAGCCAACCCUCAGUGUUGUCUAUCAGGGAAACACCAUGUGUGCCCACUAACGUGACGGUUACAAGAAACUGUGGCCAGAGUUUUGCGCAAGUGACUUGGAAUGCAAGCCGCGGCGCCCUACGCUACCAAGCAGCUGCAAUAGAUAAAGACGGUGAACGCCUGCUGUGCUCCUCCAAUGAGACAUGGUGCAUGUUGACGGGCCUCGUGUGCAGCCAGGUUUACAGUGUCGGGGUGUCUGCCAUGGACGACACCUGCUCCAGCAAUGAGAGCUCUGCAAAGACACUACGGGCAGAGCCCUGCCCUCCCUCUCAGCUCAACGUCUCUGUCAACUGUGCCAAUAGCUCUGCCAUGUUAAGCUGGAGCAGCAGCCCCAAUGCAGUGUCCUACACUGGCAAAGCAGUGAGCGCAAGCGGACACAAUGUGACCUGUGACGCAGGAAUGAAGCUCGGUUGCCAAAUGGAUGGUCUGCACUGUGGCAAGAAGUACACCUUCACUGUGUCAGCGUCAGAUGGUGACUGUCAAAGUCCUGACAGCGAGCCUGUCGUCCAAACAACUGCCCCAUGUGUUGUGAAGAGUGUGCUCAACGCCCUGAACUGUAGCACCAACAUGCUGACCAUCAGCUGGGCGCCUGGAUCCAUGCCAUUAAACUACAGCGCCGCCGCCCUGGCUGGAGACGGCACUGUACUUCACUGCUUAACAGAGGAUUCAAGUUGUACGCUGACUAACUUACAGUGUGGACAGAGCUACAAUGUGACGAUCAGAGCCGUCAGCAGCACAUGUGAAGGACACAGCAGCGUCCCCGAAAUAGUCAAUUCUGUUCCUUGUGUUCCUGUGAACGUCCAAGGCGUUGUGGAGUGCUCCACUAACACAGUGGAGGCGUCCUGGGAUGCAGCUGCCGGCGCAGCGUCCUACAUCUCCGCAUUGAACGGAGCGGGAGGUUUCUCGUCUUCCUGCCCUACAGCUGACACAAGUUGCCUCUUCUCUGACCUGCAGUGCGCUCAGACGUACAAGCUCAGUGUGGUGGCCAUGAAUGACAGGUGUACCAGUUCCAACAGUGCCAAUAUCUCAGCGAGAACCGCACCCUGCGAUCCUACAAAUGUGGCCUCUGCUUUGCACUGCCUCUCUGGUGUUGUGACGGUGACUUGGGGGCCCAGCGCUGGAGCAAAACAUUACACAGUCCUCGCCAAGGCCAACGGACACAUCGACUACUGUAACUCAAACGGCACUUCCUGUGAGCUGACCCAGCUGCAGUGUGGGAAGGACUACGCUGUGACUGUGCUGGCAGGGGACGGGAACUGCAACAGCUCCAUACUCGCCAAAACCAAUGUGACAACAGCCCCCUGCGCUCCAGUGAUCCAGGAUCACUCCCUGGACUGUGUCUCCAACCACGCUGUGCUCACCUGGGUUGAGGACGAGGAUGCCAUGAACAUCACGGUCAACGCAACCUCCAGCCUGGGACACUCGACGUCCUGCAGCUCCUCCGCCAACAGCAGCUGUGUCCUGGAUGAACUGCAGUGCGGACACACCUACACCGUCCAGGCUGUUGCACGAGGAGUCCAGUGUUGGAGCAAACCCAGCUCUUCUUUUCAGAUCGUCACAUCCCCAUGUACCCCUGCAAAUGUGGAGUACACAUACUCCUGUGAGACUGGCAUCGCCUUCGUGAGCUGGGACGAGACUGUGGGAAGAAAGAGUUUCUACGCCUACGUCUAUUCUGGAGACCACAUGGCCUCCUGCAGCACCAGCCAGACCAACUGCUCCCUGCCCUCACUACUCUGUGGUCGCAUGUACGAUGUGACCGUGAUAGCUGUGGCUGACCACUGCAACAGCAGCGUGCCAGGUGUAACGCAAAUACAGACAGCCCCCUGUGCUCCCAAAAAUAUCAGUGCCUCCCUGGUGUGUGACAACAACACAGCGGUGGUGAGCUGGCAACAGAGCCCCAGUGCUGUUUCCUACAAAGUGAUGGCACAGGGCAGAGACAGUGAUGUGAAACAAUGCACUACUAACGACACAAGUUGUCUCCUACCCGACAUGCACUGCGCCCAGACCUACGUCAUCACUGUCACCCCCUUCUCUGAACGCUGCAAGGGCUUCGACAGCUCCCCACACAGUUAUAUUGCAGGCCCCUGCCCUCCCACAGAUGUUCAUGUGUCCCUGCAGUGUGUUAGUAAUGUGGGCCAUGUGACCUGGACCGCUGCCCCACAAGCAGAUCUCUAUGUGGCCACAGCACUACCGUCUGCUGUGGAUGAACAGAACCACACCUGCACCUCCAACGGAACAAGCUGCUCCCUCACAAACCUCAACUGUGGCGAGACGGCCGUCGUCACAGUGGUCACCAUAGAGAGGGGCUGCACGAGCGAGCCCAGCCUGCCUUUUACUUUCCAUUCAGUCAUUUGCCCACCGACUAGUGUGGCUGGAGUGACAACUUGUAGCGACAAUGACAUCACAGUAAGCUGGAACCCGAGCCCAGAAAGUGGCGUUACCUACGUCGUCCACUCUGAAGAAUAUGGCGGGACCAGCGCCAACUUCUCCACAACCCAGACGUCCCAUGUGCUCACCGGGCUGCAGUGUGGCGAGUUGUAUUCACUGACAGUCGCUGCCAGGGACAAUGAGUGCACCAGUGUCCUCAGCAAGCCUAUACUAAGUGAAACAGCUCCGUGUCCUCUGACCAACCUGACGGCCAGAGCCGAGUGUGGUACCAACUUGGGAAAGCUGACCUGGGCGCCAAGUAUCCACGCCAUCUCCUACACAGCUACAGUGAUUGGUACCCACGGUCAUCUAGUUUCCUGUUCAUCCAACACAACUACAAACUGCUCAGUGAAGUUGGAUUGUGGACGACAGUACUCGGCAGUUGUGGUUGCUUCCAGUGAGACAUGCAACAGCAGUACGGGAGCAUCCGUAACUUUUGACUCAGCCUACUGUCUGCCUGACAGGGUGGAAGCAGACCUGGACUGCAAUGUCAACUCCUUUGCGGUUGGGUGGAGGGCGAACAUCGGCGACGUCGGCUCCUAUACUGCGAUCGCCAUUGGCAGUGACGGCUCCCGUGCAACCUGUGACUCCCUUAACACAAACUGCGACAUCCAGAACCUAAAAUGUGGCUUCAACUACAGCAUUGUGGUCACUACAUCAUCAGUCGACUGUGGCACCAUCGAGGGAUCCGACUACGCGAUGCAGUCAGCCCCUUGUAAACCAGAAGGGGUGUUGGUGGAUCUGCGGUGCAGCACUAACAUGGCGUCGGUGACCUGGGGAAACUCGGGGCCAGACCAGACCCAGGUGGUGUCAGCUGUGGACAGCGGAGGAAUGAACACCACCUGCAGCUCCAGCAGCUCCAACUGCACCUUCGACCAGCUGACCUGCGGGGAGAGCUACGUUAUCAGUGUGGUCGGCCACACAGACACAUGCAGCAGUGAACCAGCUGUUGCAGAAAUGCUCAACGCAGCUCCAUGUGUUCCCACCCACCUCACGGCAGAAGUGGACUGCCAGACUGGUAUCACCGUGGUCACAUGGGACUCAGCACGUGGUGCCAAAUCUUACACCGUCUAUGCUCGGGGCGAUCUCGGCCACAAUGCUGAAUGCAACAGCACUGACACCAACUGUAACUUCCCUAACCUGGCGUGUGGGCAGGACUAUGCCAUUACAGUGGUGGCUCGCCAUGACUCCUGCAUCAGUUUGGUCAGCGAGUCCAUCAACGCCACCACAGGUCCUUGUCCCCACAGCGGUCUGCAGGCUACCCUGGACUGUGACACCAACACGGCUCUGGUGUCUUGGACGCCCGGCAGUGGCAUCCGCUACUACAACGCCUCAGCAGUUGCUUUUAGCAAUGUAGACAUGCAGACCUGCUCCACCAAUGGCUCCUCCUGCAACAUCAGCUCUCUGCUCUGCGGAGAGAGCUACAGGGUGAACGUCAGUGGACAGGGACAGAACUGCCCCAGUCCGGCACAGAACUGGCACCGAAUCAACACCGCUCCCUGUCCUCCAACCCAGCUGAUGGUCGACUCUUCAUGUGAAUCAAACAACAUCUCGGUGUCGUGGCAGGCCUCGCAGGGCUCCGCCUCCUACAUGGCCGUGGCUAAGGAUGCACAGGGCCGCCGGUGGUCCUGUAACACCAGCAGCACCACCUGCCAGAUAUCCGGUCUGCUCUGUGGACAGCAGUACCAGGUCUACGUUGCUGGUGUUGAUGCCACGUGCAUUGGUGCCAUGAGUGAUGUCAAAGUGAUUCAUACAGCUCCGUGUGUGCCACAGGACAUACAGAACGACCUCGACUGUGUGUCCGGUGUCCUUAACGUUACCUGGCAGUCGAUGGGUGACGUUUCCCAGUUCCGUGUAUCCGUGGUGAGCAGCAGCAACGGUGACGUCAGCAUCUGCCAAACAAAUAAGCUUCACUGCGUAGUACGCAACAUGCAGUGUGGUCUGACCUACAAUGUUACAGUGGUGGCCCAAGAUGAGGCCUGCAACAGCUCCCAUAGCCCCAAAAAGCAGGUUCUUGCAGCUCCUUGUCCUCUCCCGACCUUCUUCCCCACUGUCAACUGUGCCACCGGUGUUGUAUCUGUGACCUGGAACAGCAGUGUGGCGGGGGUCGUGUACGCGGUGUCUGCGGUUGACGCCACAGGUCGCCGACACAACUGCAGCGGCACAAACACCGGCUGUAAUCUUACCAUGCUGGAGUGCGGGACAAAGUACAACGUCACCAUCACACCAUCCAGAAACGGAUGUGUGGGCAGAGACAGCCCAACAAAACUGAUCAAGACAGUUCCCUGCGUACCUCGCCUGUCUGAUGUGGAGAUCGACUGCCUGGUAAACUCAGUCUGGGUGAUGUACGAGGAGUCUGCAGAGGCUGAGGACUACGUCAUCAUGGUGGCGGACAGCCAGGGCGCCGUCCAGACAUUUGCGUGUAACUCCACGUCAGACGGGAUGUGCGCUCUGCCGCCGCUGAUGUGCAGCCAAAACCUCACCUUCACCAUGGCGGCCCACGACCAGCAGUGUCCCAGUGCACCAAGCAAUGCUGUCACGACUGAGACUGCUCCCUGUCCUCCUGAGAAUGUAAACAAUUCAGUGGGCUGCGACAAUCGCACGAUCAGCAUCGCCUGGUCAGCCAUUCCCGGUGCGGUAACGUACACGGCCACGCUGGAGCAGAUAAGCGGAGGCAGAUUCUGCUGCAGCACGUCGGACACCGGCUGUGACAUCAUCGAUCUGCCGUGUGGGGAAAUGUACAUUUUGGUUGUCGUGGCCGAGGGACGAACGUGCAACAGCUCCCAGAGCGAAGGGGACAUCACCAGGACAGUGCCAUGCGUUCCUCAGAACCUCAAAGCCAGUCUGAGCUGCAGCGACAAUGUGGCCUCCAUGUCGUGGAACCGCAGCAGGGGAGGACAGUUUUACAGAGUGAGGGCUGUGGGCACCGAUGGCCACGUGGACGAGUGCAGCUCCAACACGAACCAGUGUGAUCUGACAGGUCUGCGCUGUGGACAGUAUUACACAGCUACUGUGAUGGCAGAGGACCAAGACUGCCAGAGCAAAUGGAGCGACAGUGAUACAAUCAAGACUGUGCCGUGCACACCUGCAAACGUCUCCUCUGUGGUGGACUGUGAGGGCAAUACUCUGACUACGUCCUGGUCUGAGAGCUCAGGAGCCGACUCCUACAUCGCCACAGUGCAGGACAGCAACGGUCAGAGCACAACCUGCCAGGGCACGACCGAGGGCUCCUGCAAUGUGACAGGACUCGGCUGCGGUCAGAUCUACCACGUCUCCGUGGUGUCCUCGGAUGGAUACUGCAACAGCCCGUCGACUCCUGUGGUUGACGCACCUUCAGUUCCCUGUGAGGCGAGACAUGUUGAGGCAGUGAUGGACUGCUAUAUGCAGAUAGCCAUGGUGGGGUGGUACCCAAGUGAUGGGGCUUUGUCAUACAUGGUCACGGCCACCACGGCGUCGGGCCUCAGCGUCGCCUGUGAGGCCAACACCACCCACUGUGAUCUGGAAGGGCUGCUUUGUGACCAGAGCUACUCCGUCUCGGUGAAAGCUGUGGGACAGACCUGCAGCAGCAUCGCUCACAUGACAGGACAGCUGCUCACUGGGCCGUGCAUACCUGAGCACAUCGUCCCCGUGUACACCCUGUACAGCCUGACCAUCGGCCAGGUGCUGUGGGACGUGACCGCAGGUGCCGAUUACUAUACAGUUGAAGCGGUAACAGAGCAGGGCCUGACGGUCUCCUGCAACACCACUGAGACCUACUGUGUCUUGUACAACAUGAGCUGUGGCCAGACGUACACAGUUAAUGUCACUGCAAACAAUCCUGUGUGUCAAGGCGUGUCCAACUCGACCGAAUCGGCUGCAAUUACGACAGAACCUUGCCCGCCCAACAACGUGCAGACCAAUGUGCAGUGUCACAACAACAUGGGCAUCGUGUCGUGGGAGGCCAGUUUUGGUGCAGUGGGCUAUAAGGCCGUACUCGCCGGGCGUGAUGGCCACUCCCUGUCCUGUUACACCAACAACACUGUCUGUAACAUAGAAGGCCUCCACUGUGGCAUCGUCUACCACACAAACGUCUUCGCCAUCGGAGAAAACCUCAACAGUACAGACUCCGAUACUGUCCUUCUGGUCUCAGCUCCCUGUGCAGCUGGAAAAGUGGCCGCGGAUUUGGAUUGCUACAACAACACGGCCGAGGUCUCAUGGAGCCCAGCCAAUGCAGGAAACUCGUACACGGUGACUGCAGUAGGAGAGGAUGGCCACCGGGCUUCAUGUGAGAGCGAUGAGCAGCAGUGUGAUUUGACUGAGCUGCAGUGUGGUCAGACGUAUAACGUCAGUCUCGCAACCAUCAGCGACCACUGCCAGACUGAGACACUCGCUAAUGUCACCUUCGGCACACGUCCCUGUAAACCUCUGCGUGUUGGAGUGGACCUGCAGUGUGGGACGAGAACGGCCGACAUGUACUGGGAGCAAAGAGAGGGAGUGGAGCUCUACAUGGCCACUGCCACCUGCAGCAUGGGAAUGACUCUGCAGUGCAACUCCACCAACUCCACCUGCCAGUUCUCGAACUUGUACUGUGGGGAAACCUACGACUUCUCUGUAACUGCAUUCAGUGGCAUGUGCUACAGUGAAAACAGCAGCACUGUGGAGGUUCAGACAGAGCCCUGCCAGCCAACUGGCCUCACAAUCAGUGGGUCGUGUGACAAUGAGACCGUAGUGUUGGAUUGGUCGGCAGCUGAAGGGGCAUCAGUCUACGUGGUGUCGGCCACGGGAGACCUGGGAUAUGUCACGUCUUUCCAAACCGAGGAGACGAGAGUGGAGGCUGAGCUGCUCUGCGGACAGCUGUUUACCUUCACUGUGAAAGCUCAGGAUGAUCGAUGUGACAGCGCUGUGAGCAUGCCUGAAUCAUUCAAGACAGGUCCCUGCGUGCCCGAGCAUGUGCAGAGCUUCGUACAGUGUGAGAACAGUCUGGCCUCAGUCAGCUGGGCCAUGAGCGACGGGGCGGAGUCCUACUUGGCCAUCGCAAUGGGACAGGACAGCCACACCCACGUGUGCACCACAAACGCCACCAGCUGCACCUGGGACGACCUGCACUGUGGCGAGCAGUACACCGUUCACGUCAUUGCCAACGACUACCUGUGCAGCAGCAUGCCGAGCAACAGCACGUCCAUAAGAAUGGCACCCUGUAUCCCUGAGAACUUGAAUUCAUCUCUGAACUGCACUACGAAGGUGGGAUCGCUGACCUGGAAUGCCAGUGACGCUGCUGAGUUUUACAUUGUGGCCGCAGAGACCAACAGCGGUCACAAAGUGCAGCUCAGCACCAACGACACCUGGACCUUCAUCUCCGAGUUCCUCUGUGGCCAGAAGUACCUCCUGUCUGUUCAGGCGGUGGACUCUGUGUGCACAAGCAUCCCCAGUCAGCCAUUAAUGCUCCAGUCAGAGCCCUGCCCGCCCACCGGCGUCACCAGCUACAUGAACUGCAUCGCUAACAUUGCGGUAGUCUCGUGGACCGGAUCGGCUGGGGCCGAGUUCUACACCGCCACGGUGACGCAAGAAGACGGCCAAUCGCGAAGCUGCUGGUCUGACAGCACACAGUGUGGGAUGCCCGGCGUCCAAUGUGGACAAAACUACACUGUGACGGUCGUCGCCUCAAAGGAGAAGUGCGACUCUGACCCCAGUGAGGCUGACACGCUGCAGUCAGAGCCUUGUGUUCCUACAGAUGUGGACGUGACGAUAGACUGCUCUACAGAUCAGGUUCUCGUGUCCUGGAGUGCCAGCGCGGGGGCUUUGUCCUACAAAGUGACGGCUCAGAGCACACAGGGAGCCAUGUCCUCCUGCGAGACGACAAACCUAAUGUGCACCCUGACUAACCUGACCUGCGGCCAGGUCUUCUCUGUCCAGGUGGUGGCGCAGGAUGAUAUCUGCUCAAGUUUACCAAGCCCAGCUACAACGUUCAAAUCAGUUCCCUGCACACCUAACAUUGGCUCUGUGGUUCUCGACUGCUUCACCGACUCUGCCCUCUUGGACUGGGCCUAUGCCGAGGGCGCCCUGAACUACACCGCAACAGCUCGGUCCUCUAGCGGCCGUGUGUCCACCUGCACAACCAACUUCACCAACUGCGAGCUGGAAGACCUGCAGUGUGGUCAGACCUAUAACGUGUUCACUGUGGCCUCAAAUGAGCAGUGCAGCAGCCUGCCAAGCACCCAGCUGCAGGUGGAAUCAGUGCCUUGUCCUCCAGGAAAUGUUGUUCCUGUAGUGAACUGCUCCACUAACACGGCCCGCGUGGAGUGGCAGGCCGGCAGAGGGGCCGAUUCCUAUGUUGUCCAAGCCUUUGGCGUGGAAGAAGAUGAAUCUCACUGCGAGACGGACUCACUGUCCUGCGUCCUCACAGACCUCAUGUGUGGCUCCACCUACAACAUCAGCGUGAUUGCCGUCAACAGCGUGUGCAAUGUGUCGCAGAGUAACAUGAUGCAGCUGCAAGCAGUGCCCUGUGUGCCACAGCAGGUGGAGGCCCGGGUAGUUUGUGAGUCUGGCGCUGUGGCGGUCUCCUGGGAGCCCAGCAAAGGGGCCUCGUCUUACACCACAGUGGCCCAGGGCAGCGGCGGCUACGCGUCUAUGUGCAACAGCAACGAGACGACGUGCCUGUUCGAUGACUUGCUGUGCGGCCUCAACUACUCCAUCACCGUUAGUGCUUCAGAUGAGACGUGUAGCAGCGCUGGAAGCUCUGCUGUGGAGCUCAACACAGUGCCGUGCACACCACAGAAAGUAACAGCAGAGAUGGUAUGCAGUAAUGACACAGGAGUUGUGUCGUGGGAAGAGGAGGAGGGCGUGUCCUCCUACAUGUUGCGAGCUCUUGGGCCUGAUGGUCACAAGAUUCAGUGCAACAGCACCGCGACCAGUUGCCAGCUACCCAACAUGCAUUGCGGCCAGCUCUACAACCUGACACUGACAGCUAAGGAUGGACAAUGUGACAACAGCCACGCCUACCUCAACCUGCAGUCAGUGCCAUGCAGGCCAACCAACGUCAAGGCUUCCCUCCGGUGCCACUCAAACUCUGCCGCCGUGACAUGGGAGCGAGCGAGCGGAGCGCUCUCCUAUCGUGCGGUGGGUGUUACAGCAGAUGGAAGCCACACGACUGAAUGUAACAACACCAUGACCCACUGUGAUCUGAGCGACCUGCAGUGUGGAAAGACCUACCAUGUGAGCGUGUUCGGCCAGGAUGAGUCCUGUUCCAGUGUGGAGAGUGACACAGCAUACGUGCGGACAGCCCCCUGUGCACCCCAGGAUGUGGCUAUUGCUGCACAGUGUGAUGAUGGCGCCAUGGCCGUGUCCUGGUCCCCCAACCCAGAUGCCCAGUACUUCCAUGUGGCGGCAGUAAGCAACACCAGGGCGAGACUGUACUGUAACUCCAGCGGCGCUGUAUGCACCAUCAGCGAUCUACCGUGUGGACAGCACUAUAACUUUACUGUGCUGUCUGUGAGAGAUGGCUGUGAGAGUAUGCCCAGCGCUGUGGUCGAGACUUCCACAGCUCCAUGUGUGCCCAGGAAUGCUCGGGGCAAUCUGGACUGCGUGUCAAACGAUGCCUGGGUGACGUGGGACGUCUCAGAAGGAGCCCUCAGCUACUACGUGAUGGCCCAAGAGGUCGGAGGUCACAACAUCAGCGGCACAUCCGCCUCCUCUCCCUAUACUAUCCCAGAUCUGAAAUGCGGGACCCUUUACACCUUCUAUGUCACUGCUGUCAACAAACACUGCCGCAGUAAUCACAGCACCUUUGAGCUUGAGACAGGUCCUUGCGCUCUAACAGCCAUUACUGUAGUGACACAAUGCGACAGCGACACCAUCCUGGUUGAAUGGGAGAUGACGGAGAACACACCGCUCUACGUGGUGACCGCUGAGGGCCACGACCAAACCUUCGUUUCCUGUAACGGCUCCUCCCACUCGUGUGUGCUCCCGGAUAUCAGCUGUGGCAUGCAUUACAGCAUCAUAGUAUCAACCUCUUCUGAUAAGUGCAGCAGCCUCAGAAGCCCACCAAAGAAGAUCACAACAGCGCCCUGUGUCCCAGACAAUGUGACAGUGGCAGCAUCCUGUGAGGAGAAUGGAGCCGCAGUGACGUGGGGACACUCCCCUGUGGCUACAUCCUACCUACUGACAGCCACAGGGCGGGAUGGACAUGAAGCGAGCUGCAACACCUCUGUGAACAACUGCACCUUGGCUGAUCUGCACUGCGGACAGACGUAUAACUUAAGCAUCACCGCCAGUGGAGACAACUGCACCAGCAAGCCCAGAACUUCAUCCUUCAGAACAGUGCCCUGUCAGCCCUCUGGUCUCGCUGUGGAUAUCGAUUGUGAGACCAACUCUGCCGUCCUGUCUUGGGGUGCCAGUGAGGGCGCUGUGGAGUAUUUUGGCUGUGCCCAACCUAUGGAUGGAGACGCGCUCUACUGUGACAGCACGGUCGCCUUCUGCACAAUCGACGGCCUGGGAUGUGGUGACGUUUACAAUUUCUCUGUUGAAGCCUCAAACGGCGUCUGCAACAGCUCGUUUAGUGCACCUCUGCGGGCGGGAGCAGCCCCAUGCGCUCCGACUGCUCUGAAUGUCCGAAUGCAAAGAAUAGGCAAAGCUCACUGGGCCAUGACAUCAUGGGACAAUGUCAAUUGUUCUGAUGAGUACCUUAUGGAGGUAACCGGUCCAAUCCAAAACAACCCACAGACCCUGAUGCAGGUCUCUUCUUACUGGUUGCCAAGGACAUACUUUGAGUUCCCAAUACCUUGCAGCACGCCGUAUAACUUCACCGUACGCUCCAGAAACUCAGGCGGGGCCAGCGAGCCAUCCAGUGCCUUUACUGGAGUCUCAGUCCCCUGUGCUCCCCAGAAUGUGAGAUACACUGGUGGCAGAGCGUCUGCUGUGCUGUCCUGGGAUGCAUCGGUGCUUGCCACACGGUACACUGUCCACAGUGUGUCGGGGGCCGCCCGUGUCGAGCUUUGCAACACCACCGGACUCUCCUGCCAGCUGGCCAACUUUGAUCCAAACACCACUGAAGUGACAGCCAGCAAUGCGGCGGGAGAAAGCAUCCCUACCCGAGAUAUUACAGGUCCAGUAGCUCGCAGAAGAAGAAAUGCCCAUUUAGAUAACAAUCUUGAACUCCCAAAAGUGCUGAAUGUAACAGUAAGUGGAGUUUCCUUGUAUGUGAAGUGGAUGACGGUAGAGAAUGCGGCCGAGUACACAGUCGAAAUUGUGGAGAAGCAGCAGACCAAUCGGCCACCGAGAAGGAGAACCGUGGAAGGUAAUAUUUACAUCGAGACUGACCUCAAGCCGUGGACCACCUACUGCAUCAGGAUGGCAGCCAAAAACGCCAUCGACCAAAGCAACUACACCAAGCCAGUGUGUAGAACCACCGGUGCCUCCUCACGAAGCACCACAGAUACACUUAAAUAGACACUGGACUCAGCAGAACCACCACCAUAUCUUUGUGUUCUUCUCUCUGUAGCAUCCAUAACACGAUUGUUAACUGUUCAAUCUCUAAGAAUUUUAGAAGGAAACGUGUAAAAAUAAAGUAAUUACAACUACAAAGCCACAACGUUCUUCUGUUUGGGGUACUUCUUGCAUGUCACAGAUAAAUUAUGAUCGAACCUGAGGAGAACCUUUUAGAUUUGAAUGCUUAUGAAUCUUUGUUAGCAAUAGCGUAUAUGUAUACAUUUUAAUAAUUAUGGCUGGUAUCAUAGCAGCAUUAUGACAUUAAUGCCGUCUAACAAAGUAUUGCUGAAAUUCUAUUCAUCAAAAAUGGUUUUAUUUUCAAGAAGGUUAUUAAACUCUGGAUGAUCGUAGUGUAAACAUAAGCUGAUAUAUUUUCAA